CCCAACUAACUCAAGCUUAGGUUGAGGCGGGUAUUCGAGACUAGGAGCCGGAGGGAGAGAACUUUCUCAAUUCUUGACUCUAUGCUCUAUUCGAUUCAUAACAGUAUCCAUGUCGGAAAAACAAGUGCAGAAAACUAAUGACAGCAGUAUUUUGAGCAAAAACUCUGCAUGCAGCCGCGGUUAUUUUUGUGACAACUUCUUGAAGCAUUUCGUGGCUAAGGCGAACUGUUGCAGAGCACCACUCAUUAAUAGGGGAUACUAUAUUCGAGUGAAAGCUAUUAAUUCCCUUGUGAGUGAGUUCCUUAACAAGCAAUCGUGUUCUCUCCGUACUCAAAUCAUAUCUCUUGGGGCUGGAUUUGACACGUUAUUCUUUCGGUUUAGGGACAAAUUUGCAGCAUCAAACUGUCAAGUGGUUGAGAUUGACUUCCCUGCUGUAAUUUCAACAAAAUGGCGUCUAAUACGUGAAAGUCAGGUGCUGUCUUCAAUGCUGUCUCCUCGUGUACCAACUGCUUCACCUGAUGUUUUUCUCUCUGAUAACUAUUGUAUGAUUGGUUGUGAUAUCACUGACACAGGAAAACUUGCUGAUCUGUUGGUCAUGUGUGGAAUUGAUUACAAUGCACCUACAUUGCUCAUUUCAGAAUGUGUUCUCACUUACGUUGAACCUGACAAAGUUGAUGCCAUUAUUCAGUGGAUAUCUUCAUCAUUCAAAAACAGUAUCUUUUGCUGUUAUGAGCAGAUUUUGCCUAACGAUGGAUUUGGGAAAAUCAUGUUACGACAUUUUAUGUCACUGGGGUCUCCCCUGAAGAACAUUGAAUUGUAUCCUACAAAGUCAGCUCAUAAACAAAGAUUGAUGAAAAGGGGAUUCUCGUCUGUUCACAUGUGUGAUAUGAACGAAUUUUACCUAAGUCUCCAAGCUUCUGAAAAGAGAAGAGUAGACAUGAUCGAGCCAUUUGAUGAAUUUGAAGAUUUUUAUCAGAAAUGUAGUCAUUACACGUUAAUGCUUUCAGUGAAAGGUGAUUGCAGUAUCGCCCUGCCUGCCUGUUGCAAAACUUCCCAUCAUGCCCCGGUGAAGAUGACACCUGGAACUGUAGGCUUAGAUUUCCCUGCUUUAUCCCCAUCCUCUGCAGUUGUGAAAAGAUUUGGUCAUUCAUCUGUGUGUCUACCAAAUGGGAAUGUUGUAUUGAUCGGUGGGUUUGGAGUGUCAGAGCUCUCUACAGCACAUAGAAGACUGAAUGAUGUCUUAUUAUUCCGUCAAGAUGGUGACCAAUAUGGGUGUAAAAUUCUGCCUGCGAGUGGUGAUGUUCCAGCUGGGAUAGUUCAUCACAGAACUGUGUUACUGGCUGAUGGUAGAAUACUAGUAACUGGUGGACGACAAUCUCCUAUCCAUCCCCAGACUGAUUGUCUAUCCAUCACAAUUGAAGAUAUGGAUUGUUGUCGCUUCAAAAUAGUCAAAUUUGAAGCUCCAGCUGAUAGAAUUGGGCCAAGAUGGAGACAUUCAGCCAACAUUUUAAUGUAUCAAGGACACGAGUGUCUUCUAAUCACUGGUGGAUGUACAAUUGAUAACUCAUUUCUAGACGAUGUCAUCUUAAUUCAAACCUCAGACUGGAAAUGCAAGAAGUUGCCUAUCCACCUUCCACAAGGUACUCACUCUCAUGCUGCUGUGACCCAUGACGGUGGUGUCAUUGUAAUGGGAGGAUUGAACGAGGAAAUGGUCCCUUUAAAUAUGUGCUAUUACAUCAAGCACGAAGAAGAUGACUGGAGUUUAUUACAAUUAGCGAUUUCACUGCCAUUUACUCCUAGGUUUAGUUGUGGUUGUUGUGUUCACAAGGACAGUGUUAUUCUUGUUGGUGGAGUGGGCUGUUUGGAGGACAUGGAGGCAGUAAUUAUUAACCUAAAAACAGACGAGACCACAACGUAUAAAAUAAAGGCACCGCGUCAAAACCCACCAAUACUACUGCAUUGUUUUACGAUGCACUUGCUUGAUGAUGGAGCUAUGUGGCUGUUUGGUGGUGGAGGAAACUGCUUCUCAUUUGGCACUCAUUUCAACAUAUCUCCAAUGCGAAUCACGAUCUAGGUCUAGUGUACGUUGUAUACAUUUGUAUAAUUAUAGCCGUGUACAACUAAUUUUAGCUUGUGCAUGGAUUCGCAAUUUACAAUCUCAUACUAUAAUUAUAGUUGCACGCUAUAAUUAUAAUUAUAAAGAUCAAGCUAGCUAGUAACUGUGAUUUGAGAAUUAUAC